GCUUCUGAUCCGGCGCUGGCGUUUUCUGAAAGGACCUGAAAGUGGAGCGCGAGGAGUGAAGGUUGUAAAAGGAAGGGUAAAUUUCUCCUUUCUAGUGAAAUUCCGCGCUGCGAGGCCCAUCUUAAUUCCUUCUUAGGGUCUUGUGAGUGACUGUGGAUCUAAACUCCCCACUGCCGUCCCCAUCCCGGAAUGGACCAAGGCCUGGUGUGUGACCUGAAGGGGAUCGUGGAGUCGGCUGGGGUGCCCACUGCUGCUGUGUACAUGAGGCCUCACAGAAGGGGAGCGAGAUCUGAUGGAAAGUGUGGGGAGAAACCCUGUGUUGGUCUCUGUGUGGGAGUUGACUGCCCUGAGUCUCUCCUGUGACAGUGAGCAGCGGAGGACUGUCUAUUCCACAUGAUUGACCUCUAAAGUCUCAUGUUGCCUGAGGAAAACACACGGAAGAUGAGAAAGAGGAAGGAACAGGAGUCAGGCAUGGCUCUUUCUCAGAAACAGUUGACUUUCAAGGAUGUGGCCAUUGACUUCUCUCCAGAAGAGUGGGAAUGCCUGGACCCUGCUCAGAGGGCCUUGUACAGGGACGUGAUGGUGGAGACCUACAGGAACCUGCUCUCUCUGUUGGUGCCACAGUUCCUACAGAGAGAAAGCAAGGUCUUUGUCAAGAUCCACAACAGUUACCAUCUGGCUCCUGUGAACCAGUCUUUGCUUGACUUUGAGGAGCAUAAUGGGGAUUGUGUUAUCAGGGUCUCUUGUCCCUUCAUCUCGUCUUCUGGUCUUGAUUCCCCCGGAUGCCCAGUUCUUAGUCCAUAUGGAUCAGAGCUGAUACCUCUGCUGAACUUCUGAGUUUGAUCAGAGUGGCUCUACUUGGAAGAUGUAAUCAAAGCAUGGGAUGGGGAAGGAGGUGGAAACCCACUCCAGUAUUCUUACCUGGGAAAUCCCAUGGACAGUGGAGCUUACCGGGCUAUAGUCCAUGAGGUCGCAGAAGAGUCGGACACAAAUGAGCAACUAAACAAACAUGGAUUUGUCAGUCUCUGUUAUAUAUCUCACCCAUACAUGUGAUUAAGCAGUUACAGCUAAAAUCGAACAGUGACACAAGAAAAGUACUUCAAACAGUGUUGUUGAGAAGACCCAAAAGUCUUGAAAUCAAACAUAUUUAACCUCAGGGAAAUGCAGGAAAAUAUGAAUGACUUUGAGUCUCAGUAGAGAUGUGAUGAAAGAAAUGAUAAAGUAAUGCCUGUGACCAAUAACAAAAAUCUCACCGAUGGAAGACAUUGCUGUUGUCAAAGGGAUGUCAAAAUCAAGCCUGUUGAAAAUUGGCUUGGUUUAAACUUUCAGGAUGAACUCCACAUAAUAAGUGAAAGGGAAAUGAAUGGAUUUGAUGACCCUGACAAGAAAAUCAACAAUAGUGUCCCAUUUUCACCACUUCAUAUAAUUUCUCCUAGAGUUCAAAUCAGUAUUUCUAACACACAUGAAAGUGACUUUACGCAUUCCUCAGUCCUGACACAGGACCAGAAAGCACACAGCAAAAGACCUUACAAAUGUAGCAAGUAUAACAAAACCUUCCUCAAUAGCUCAAACCUCGCCAGACAUCAGACAGUCCACACAGGAGCGAAAAUAUUUAAAUGUGAUUUAUGUGACAAAGUCUUUAGUGAAAAUUCAAGACUUAUAAAUCAUGGGAGAAUUCACAGUGGAGAGAAACCUUACAAAUGUAAUGAAUGUGGAAAAACCUUUAAUCACUACUCAAACCUCAUUAGGCAUCAGAAAAUUCAUACAGGAAAGAAGUUCUGUGAAUGUGAUCUCUGCAACAAAAUCUUCAGUAAUAGUCCAAGCCUUGCAACUCAUCGGAGAGUUCAUACUGGGGAGAAACCUUAUAAAUGUAAUGGGCGUGGCAAAGCUUUUAGUCUGUUUGCAACCCUUGUAUUGCAUCAUAGAGUUCAUACUGGAGAGAAACCUUACCAGUGUAAUGAGUGUGGAAAAAUCUUUAAUCACUGCUCUAACCUCAUCAGACAUCAGAAAAUUCAUACCGGAAAGAAGUUAUAUGAAUGUGGUAUGUGUAGCAAGGUCUUCAGUCGAAAUAAAAACCUUGCAAUUCAUCACAAGGUUCAUACUGGAGAUAAACCCUAUAAAUGUAAUGAGUGUGACAGGAGGUUUAGUAAAAAUUCACAUCUUGCAAGUCAUCAGAGAACUCAUACUGGAGAGAAACCUUACAAAUGUAAUGAAUGUGGCAAAGUUUUCACUAUACGUGCAACUCUUGGAAGACACCAGAGAGUUCAUACUGCAAAGAAACCUAACAAAUGUAAUGAAUGUGGCCAGGUCUUUACUCAGAAAUCAAGCCUUACAUGUCAUCAGCAAAUUCAUUCUGGAAUGAAACCUUUCAAAUGUAGUGAUUGUGGCAAAGCCUCCCGUCAAAAUUCGCACCUUACAAGUCAUGAGAGAGUACAUUUUGUAAAGAAACCUUCCAACUACAUUGAGUGUGCAAAAUCCUUUACUCAAGUCUCAGCCCUUACUACAUAUAAGAAAAUCCAGACAUGAGAGAAACCAUAUAAAUAUCAUAUGUUGGAAAGUCUUCAGAAUUAAAAAUUCACACCUUACAGUUCUUUGGAGAAUUGUUACUGGAGAGAAACCAUACAAGUAUCUUUAAGUCUGGCAAAGCUUUUGUGCAUUCAGUCUGACCAUCAUAUAUGGAAGGAACGGAAGGAAACGUACAAAUGUCAUAAUGGAAGGAAGUGUCAUAUGGAAGGAAUGUCAUUAAUGUCAUAAUGGAAGGAAACCUUACAAAUGUCAUGACUGUCUCAGUGUGUUUAGUCAAAGUUUAUACCUCAUGACCCACCAGAUUACUCAUACUAGAGAGAGACUUUAUAAAUGUAAUGAAAGUUUUUCAGUGUCCUUUCAAGCCUAACUCAUGAGAUGGUCCAUACUGAUGAGAGACCUUGAAAAUACGGUGAUGUGGCAGUGCAUUUAGCAUGUGUUCACAUCUUAAAGUUCAUGAGAAAAUUCAUACUGGAUAGAAACUAGGUGGAUGUACUUUGUGUAGUCAGGCCUUUAGAAAACGAAUUUGUUCUGGAAAGAAUCCUCACAAGUAUCAUGAAUGUGAGAAAUGUAUGCUCAGGGCUCACAUCUCACCAGAAUUUAGGUAAUAAUCAGUGGACAAAACAUGAAAGAAAGGGAUAAAUUUUGCAAAUCUUUUAUGUUGUGCCCUAAACUCAGGGCACAAUACAAUGAGGAGACUUAACCUGACAGUCCAGUGGUUAAGACUCCAUGG